AUGCUCAAUGUUAAUUAAUUAAUAAUGAAAGAUAGAUUAUUUGUUUUGACGAAAACUUAAAAUAGUUAUGUUUUUAGAUAUUCGAACGGUAAAGCGAAAUAAACUAAAUAAAAUAUAAUGUAGAUAAUAAAACAUUGAUUUGUUUUUAAUUAAUAAUAUUAAUAAUAUCAUUGUUAAAAUAGAUGACUUGAAUAAUGGGACGGUAAAUUAAAUUAAACGGAUAUUUUAAAUACCUAAAACAAAAUGGCGGCUGAGAAAUUGUUGUGGGUCACAACUGUGCUCCUUCGUCUGUGGUUAGGAGCGACAGACCUCUGCUAUGCUCAAUCCACUCUCCUGACCUUCCAAGACCUGUUGCCUGAGGAUCCGAGACUGUACGACAAGAUGAGGCCUCCGAAGAUCAACGACCAGCCCACCAUCGUCAACUUCCACGUCACCGUCAUGGGGCUGGAUUCUAUUGAUGAAACUUCCAUGACAUACGCAGCUGACAUAUUCUUCGCUCAGACGUGGAAAGACCAUCGCUUAAGGUUACCAGAGAAUAUGACUACGGAGUACAGGCUCCUAGAGGUAGACUGGCUGAAGCACAUGUGGAGACCAGACUCCUUCUUCAAGAACGCGAAGUCAGUGACGUUUCAGACGAUGACCAUUCCCAACCACUACGUGUGGCUCUCCAAGGAGAAGACGAUCCUCUACAUGGUGAAACUGACGCUGCGGCUGUCCUGUGCCAUGAACUUCCUGAUAUACCCUCAUGAUACGCAGGAGUGUAAGCUGCAGAUGGAGAGCUUGUCCCACACGACAGACGACCUGAUCUUCCAGUGGGACCCUGACGUUCCCCUGGUGGUGGACGAGAACAUCGAGCUGCCUCAGCUGGAGCUGGUGCAGAACACCACUGCUGACUGCACCCAGGUGUAUUCUACAGGUAACUUCACCUGCCUGGAGGUGAUCUUCAAGCUGAAGCGACGUCUGGGAUACCAUCUCUUCAAUACAUACAUACCAACUUGUUUGAUCGUCAUCAUGUCUUGGGUCUCAUUCUGGAUCAAGCCGGACGCUGCACCAGCGCGAGUCACCCUGGGCGUGACGUCACUCCUCACGCUAUCCACACAGCAUGCCAAGUCGCAGGCACAGCUGCCACCUGUCUCCUAUCUGAAGGCUGUCGAUGCUUUCAUGUCUGUCUGUACUGUAUUUGUGUUCAUGGCUCUAAUGGAGUAUUGCCUGGUGAACAUCGUUUUGGGAGACGGUGCUAAAGUCAAGGAUGCAGCAGAAGCAGCCAAAGCCAAGAUGAGAGCGAUCAGCAUCGACCGGUUCUCCCGCGUCUUCUUCCCUCUCCUCUUCUCAGUGCUCAACGCCAUCUACUGGAUACACUUCGCCCAGUACAUCUGAUCUGGUGGAACUAUCUCUUGUUACUUCUACUUCUACUUCUAUGCUAUUUGCUCACUCUUCAUUUAGUGUCACUCAUGGAUACAUAGACUUAUAUGCUUAAGGGAUAUCAAAGUGCUUAAGGUCAGGCUAAGAAAGUUUUUU